AUGUUUGAAGAUUGGUCGGAAUCUUUUUAUGAUUCUGACGAUUUUGAUGCGGAUCAAGUGCAAAGAUUAGAAGAGUAUGGUUGUCAUCCUCAAGCUUUCUAUACAAGCAAGCUUUUAUACUUUCCUGAAUUAAUUAAUUCUCGUCCACAAGCAAAAUCAAAAAAUGCACUACAUGCCGUAAAAACCACCUUCGCGAAUCAACUUGAACAUUCACUAAUGGAGAUCACCCUUAUUGCUUUUGAAGCUUAUUAUGGACCUGCACCUAUUCCUAAUGUUCACCGUCUAGCUUUCAAGUUAGGUAAACUAACAAUUUCGCAGAAACAGUAG